AUGAAAGAGUGGGAUAUGAAGAGUAAAAGAAACAAGGGUUCAGCUUCUAAUAGCUCGGUCUAUAAGGUGUUGCUUAUAUUCCGUGUGAUAGUGUUGCUCGGAAAUUUUAUCAACUUUGGUGUUGUUGAAUAUUAUGGCGAUACUACAUUUAAAGAUGUUCUUGAUGCUAUUCCGAAGACGAUAUUGCCAAUUUCUUUGGAUGAUAUAUGGGCUUUUAGAAAGGCUUUUCCUUCCGCACCUCACACUCGCUCGUUAGGUAGUCCUCCUUAUUGGCUUGCGAUCACUCCCUACUGCGUGAUUCCACCAUUGUAUUCUUCUUCUCUCGCUUUUCCUUACGCACCUCACACUCUGCCGUUAGGUAGUCCUCCCUAUUGCCUUGCCAUCACUCCCCAUUGUGCGAUGCCACCAUUGUAUUCUUUAUCUCGUGGUUGUUUU